UUUUCCUGUUGACGUCAGUAGCUAGCGAGCACCGUCCUGGUGCCAGGAACUGGGGAGUGAAGUAGACUGAGAAGGAGGAAACCUGGAGGCAAUAAUAGAUUGCUACAAAACAACAGGAAUCAUAUUGGAUAGAUAUUUAAUCGCUUAGCUAUGUCCACAAAGACAGAGCAGUGAGAGCGGACGUUUUACAGAUAUGUUGUUUAGUCGAUGUACAGCGAGAUAGCGAGCUGCUGGAUUCGCUCAUCGAAGUUUAGGCUGAAAAAGUUACAGCGGCUCGGCUAGCCGUUAACGUUAUCACCAGAGCUGCCUUCUACGUGUGACACAGCCCUACAGAACGAAGUCAGACAACAUGGUGUCCUGGAUCAUUUCGAGAAGCGUUGUGCUCGUGUUUGGGACUCUGUAUCCUGCAUACUACUCUUACAAAGCUGUCAAGACCAAAAAUGUCAAGGAAUAUGUGCGAUGGAUGAUGUACUGGAUUGUGUUUGCCCUCUACACUGUGGUGGAGACCAUCACCGACCUAACACUGGCAUGGUUUCCUCUGUACUAUGAGCUGAAGAUAGCCAUUGUGAUCUGGCUGCUGUCACCCUACACUAGAGGAGCAAGUCUCAUUUAUAGGAAGUGUCUGCACCCUCUGUUGUCCUCCAGAGAGAGGGAAAUAGAUGAGUAUAUUGUGCAGGCCAAGGAGAGGAGCUAUGAGACCAUGGUCAACUUUGGCAAGCAGGGACUGAGCAUUGCUGCCACCGCCGCUGUCACUGCAGCUGUCAAGGGUCAGGGUGCCAUCACAGAGAAGCUGCGUAGCCUGAGCAUGCAUGACCUCACACAGAUAAACCAGCAGGAUGACAGAGGAGGGAACCAGCUCUACCAGUACAGCUCCCACUCAUCCAACCCCGCCAUCAGGAGAUCUCAGAGCACUGAUGCUGCUGACGAAGCUGAGUACUUUUAUGACGAGGAAAGAACAGAUGAAGAGGCUGAACCAACCUUCUCUGAAGACGAGGCUGUUACUCAAAAAGGACUGAGACGAUCGCAGAGUGUCAAGAUCACACGAUCAAGAGUCCGUAAAGAUGCUCGUUAUGGAUCCCUGAAAAUUAAAGGCAAGAAGAGACCAGCGCUCAGCUCCGUUAACUAUGGGAUGUGAAAAGACUACUGAUGACACACAUUCACAUUUACAAAGCAGAGCAGUCUGCUGAUUGGUGGAUGGUAUUGUCAGCCUGUAUUCCAUUUCUUCUCAGUCUGAUUUACUCUUCUGUCUCUUUGGUGAUGAGCUUUCUUCUCACAUAUUUAUUACCUACUUCAUCCAGAACCAGCGACUCUAGCUUGAGCUAGAUAUUUUUCUUUGGGUGAUAGCGUACAUGUUUUUUACAAAGAUUAUUUUGGGGUUUUUUUGCCGUUAUUGAUAGCUCAACAGCUGAAGAGUGACAGAAAGGAGGGAUAGGAUGUACCCCACUGCAGUAAGGACUCAGCUUUAGUGCGUGGUGCGUUGCUCUACCAGGUGAGCUGUCGGGUUCAAUGGUGUACAUGUUUUUUGCAUGACUUGUGUGUGAUUCAUCUGUUGUUUAUUGUAGUUUAAUUGUAGUUUUUAGGUGUGAUGUUAUGUAUGUGUAGUCUUUUAGAUUUUAGAUCCAUCACUUGAGUCUUUUUGGUUAAGUUUUGUGGUACCACUUUCUAAUAAGGCAUCUUUUAUAGAGUUAAUAAAUUCUAAUUAAUGGCUUGAUGCAUAGUUAAAUAAUUUACUUUUAAUUAAUAACAACUUACAUUUACCUGUUCAUGGAAAAUCCUUUUUAGUGUUUUUUCCUCCCCAACACUUAAACUCUUUAGUUCAACAGGGCGACUCCUCCAAUAGAAUGUUGGACCAUUUUCAGUCGGGAGAAUGUUGCAUGGCAUAACAUUUGCAAGUGUUGACUUGGUAGGUUAUUAUCAAGUGAACCCUAUGACCCCUUAUUAAAGCAGCAUUCAUUUACAUUUUGGCCAAUUGGGGGCAACACAACAAGCUGAUAUAUCUAUCAUUUUACUUAAUAUCCUGUGUGUAAAGUUGUUAUGGUGGACAUUACACAUGAAUCCAUUGUUAAUGUGACAUGAGUUUAUUAAUUCAGCUUUAAAGUGCAAAUGUGCACCUUGUGAAAGAAGAAAUAACACAUUCUUCCUCUUUCAAAUAAUAAGUUGAAUUUAUAAGCAAUGAAAUACACUCAAGGGUUUUGCUGCUAGAGUAUUACUUGGUCUAGCAGUGACUUAUGGUGGCUAAUAGGGCUGUCACUUUUUAAUCGAAAUUCGAAAAUUCGUUCAAAUGUGGUUAAUUUUGGAAGUGUUCCAAAUGACCUGUUCGAAUUCCAAACUGAAUCUAUUCUAUAAACGCAACAAACCGUUUGAAGUAGUUAUCCUUGUGAUCCAGCAGAGGGCGCGCCACUACUAGCUUACUGAUUAUGUUGUUUACUAAGAAACUAGAGGACACUAGCAAAGCAUGGAGCAAAGCCGUGCUGAGCACACCUUUGUGACACUAAACUAUCUGAGUGCCAUCACCGAUUAGAGAGCAACAUGUAUAUGCAAGGACAUGCUGAUAUGUCGCUCAUUGGCGUGGUAAGAGCAACUGUCCUAUCCCAUAGUCAAGUGUUUUCCGCCAUGUUUUGUACAUUUGUACUAUGUGUGUGUAGAUCAUUUAUUCGAUAUCAUUCGACCAAAUUGCGUGUCAUCUGAAAUUCAUUAGAAAAAGUGACAUGCUAAUGUUAGCAACCUUUAGAUAGAUGCUAUGUGUUAGAACCAAGUGUGAAUCUAUUGUGACGUCAUCCAUUGGUUGUGGAGUGCCGUUUUGAAAGCCUCGAAUUCGGCGUUUUGGCCGCCGCCAUGACAGUUAGCUAGCACGAGCCAGCGGACGUGAGGUAGUGCUCAUUGAGCUGCGCUCAUUGGCUGCGAAGUUUGGAUUUGUCCGUAGCCGGAAACAAUGGCGGCUCGCCUGGUCACACACACGAUCUCGUAUUCCAAAUAAAUAGUACACCAAAAUAUGUUUGUAAACAACUGUAAGUGAGCAAUAUGCAACACCGUAACAUAAUGUAGCUUCCUAUCUGAUCAGCACAGGUUUGACAGUUUGAUCUGAGUUUGGUGCGCUGCGCUGGACAGACUGACGAAGAGUGACCUGUCAAUCAUAAGGUAGCCACGCCCAAAAGCACAUGCAGCUUUAUGGUCUAUUUUACUCUAAAUGGGGCCAUAAUUGACUAAAUAUACCAUACUAAAUGGAAGAAGACGUGAAACUAGUCACUGAGACCAUAAACUCAUUAAAUCAUUCUCCAUUAAAGUGAAUGGUAUCGGUGUGUAAUUGCAGCCAAUGGAGCUCCUGCUGGCCUUUACAUAGAAUGAUGGUGUAAGACACUUCUGCAUUGGCUUCUGUCUUAUAUACUGCCAAUGGCUAGAACCUCUCAACUAUUUCUGUCAUUUUUCACAGUGCAACAGACCUAUGAGGGUCUUCCAGGACAGACUGUCUGAAAAUGUGCACUGUUAUCCCCGUAUGCAAAGUAUAUUGUGUAUCGCCCUCUCUGUGAUGACCAGGUUUUCACUUCACCUUCAAGGUGUUCUUUUUUAGCAUGAGCUGGCCCCUGCACUCCAUUUUAGGAUGUUGCAGAUACAAUUCAAGGAACAUUUCAGUAGUUAUAUUACAAUGAAGAGAACUGCAAGUGCUGCCGUUUAUCAAAAGUUAUGGUCUUGCUUUAAAUGUGCAUUUUAACAAUGGAUCAAAUGACUGUCGCAUGAAAGGUCUGUUUUUCUGUGUUUGAAUGUCUUAUAGCUCAGUGUUGUUUUAAACUUUACAGUUUUGGUUCAGCCUCACAGCUCUCAUAUGGCCACUUUUGGUCACAGCAUGUAGCAGUUUCUGUGCCUGCUGGUAGCAGACAGGUAGCAACCAGCUGAAAGUGGAAUAUUCUAUAUUGAACUUUGUCAGCUUUAAAGACUUAACAUUUUAACCACAAGCAUCAUGCCUAGCCAAAGAGAUUUUAGCAAUCCAAAACAUUUUUAUAUUGAUGGCUUAGAAGUGAACUAGAUAGUCUUAUUAAAUGAUUGUAUCACCCUUUUAAAUAAGCAAUUUAUUUCAGCUUAAAUACAUAAUUGAUAAAGAGUAAUUUAUUAAAAUGUGGUAUCAGUUUUGCUUCUUCUGCCUGUUAGGUGUUUUGUCAAUGAGAACCCUCUGACACUAUUGUCGGAGUCCGUAGAAUUCAGUAUAUGAAUGGAGAUGAUUUUUAGACACAUGGAACAUUCCCUGUCACAGUGGUGACAGUAUGAGAGCACGAUACCAGCAGUUCUGUCAUGAACAUUUUAACUUUGGGAGAGAUUGGAGUUGAUGUGGAACUGAGCCUGUGUGAGUGAAACCCUUUUGAACACCAGCAAAUGAAAAUUUUCCCUUGUUCCUGUCGGGGGGGAGACAGUGACUCCAGUGAAGAGAAAACUGAAUGAAACAAAGUGAUUGUUCCAGGUUUCUGUGUGACAGUUUUAGCCUUUAUGAAGACCCACAGCUCCCAAUCACUGUCAAUUAUGAUUUCGUAUUUUUCUGCUAUGUAGUCAUUUUAUAUGACUGUCCUGAUUACACCCCUCGCUGUAAGUUUCUAGCUGUAUUUCUAAGUGAAUAUUAACUUUUUAAAUGUUUUUUGUGUGUGUGUUUGGAUCAAAAUGAAUCUUUUGUAUUGUAAUCAGCUGUUUUUUUGCACAUACCUCCUCCCAAAACUUUUUAUCAAUGUUGUCGUUGCUUGUCAUCUCAUUUUAUAAUAUACUUUGCUGCGGGAGGAUGCAGCACACAGCUUAUACCAACUGCCUCUCAUGACAUUUUAAAGUUUGGCUGGUUUUUGUCCUGUGGUACUGCAGUCAGUGCUACACUGCUGACAAGUUGCAGAAAGUGUUUUCUUCAGUUGCUUGCUGUUAAGUUUUGCAGAGAUAUGGUGUCUGUGUGAAUUGGAUUCAUUACUGACCCAGAAUUAUUCCCAGAAAUGACUAAAUUGAUGCAGACGAGUGACAAGUUAAAGGAAUAAUGGAAGUUAUCUUUUCCAGCAUGCAACCAUCCCCAGGGCAGAGGGCAUUGAAUGGUUUGAUUGAUGAGUAUGAAAUUGAUGUGAAUUAUAUGCAACAGUAUGUCCUCUACGCUCGUCAGACCCUGUUGAGCAUCUAUGGGACGCAACGUGGUAUUUACAAAUUCAAAUUUUUACGUCUGUACAGCUGUGAGUUUCACCAUUUCCCUGACUGCGUGGAAUGCACAUGCUAACUGUACACAUGUGAACCAUCAACAUAUAUAUCUUAAAGCAGUAUAGGGCACAAAGCCCAUUGCCUCCAUGUAGCAGACGGGAAUGGGCCAAACUAAAAAAAUCUAAGUUAACGUCAAAUACAUUUUCCCUAAAGACAGUUUCUGUUUGAGAUAGUUAUUAUCCCACUGACGUAUGUUCAAGUGAUAACUUGUCCAUCAUGCUGUCCAUGGCUGUAAUUUCGCCAAUUAUAGCACUUUUGGAUAGUGGUGCUGAACUGAGCCGCAAGUAGCUGUCACCAUUAAAGCCAUGCUGGCAUGGUAGGAAUGUUUUUUCACAGCAAAGCAGUUAUUUGCUUUAAUCAUGUGUUAGGAACAUCGUUUGGAUUCUGUUUAUUCCACACACUUGAGGAAUCUAUGACAAGGAAUACAAAAGCUCUAGUUAUACUGUCUGGGUCCUCAGCUGCAUGGAUCCGUGUGAUGUUACUGUUGUCAUCUGCAGACGUCUGCACAGCCAUCUGUGUGGACAAGAUGUAUUAACAGAACCGUAUGUCUGUUUGGGAGUAUAUCAGAGCCUUAAAAACUCCUUUAAUUUGUCACUAAUCACCUGCACAAGUUUCUAGGACAGCAGCUGAACCCCUUCUCAAACCCAGAGCGACUCUUUGAUUCCCCCACAGAUACAGUAUUAUGGACCGUCUUAAUCACUAUCCUCAUUUUAUGGAUGACAUGGUGGGGAUUACCCGUACAGGUAGUCAUACCCUAUUGCUGAGGUGUAAUAAGCCAAACUUUCUCAUGUCAUGAUGUCCAUUUAAUGCUCAUAACUGACUAAUGAUACCAAAGCUUCAUGUACUCACCUGAGCUGUGUGGCUGUGGUUUUUAAUCUGUGUGGGAAAAUGUCUACUGUGUGUAUUGCUGGAUUGUUAAUGCAUUACAAUAAAGGCUGUCUGAUUUCAGUAAGGGCAACAA